AUGGUGUCCUUCGAUGUUGUCUCCCUCUUCACGUCCAUACCGUUAGAAUUGGCGAAACAGUGCACAGAGGAUCUCCUGCAAUCCUGUGACACGGAUGUUCCCGCUAUUGCCUUACUCGAGCUCUUAGACCUGUGUAUGGAAACCAAUUUUUCGUUCGACCAACAGUACUACCAACAACUGAAGGGAGCCCCAAUGGGGUCACCUAUCUCUGGCUUCCUUGCCGAGAUCACAACGCAGAAACUGGAAGCCACGGCUCUUCCGCUAGUUAAUCCUAAAUUGUGGUUGCGAUACGUGGACGACACAUUUGUGAUCGUUAAAAAGGAUCAACUAGAAACGCUCCACAACACCAUUAACUCAACAAUGCCGGGGAUUAAAUUCACACUCGAGAAAGAAGUUGACAAAAAACUCCCAUUUUUGGAUGUUCUUGUGCAGCGGAAGACCGACGGAACGCUGCGCACAUCGGUGUACCGCAAACAAACCUAUGCGGAAGUCAUUCUACACUACGAGAGCAACCAUCCCAUUUCCCACAAACGGGGUACGGUCAACUGUCUGCUUAAUCGGGCAAAAACACACUGCUCGGACGAAGAAGGCUACCGAGCCGAACUAAGUUACUUGUGUGAAUUAUUUUCUCGAAAUGGGUACCCCAAGAAUUUUGUGCGCCGAUGCAUGAGACAGAAAAAGUCAAAAGAAACGGAACAAAGAACUUCCAGCCAGGCACCCAAGUCAAAUACAUGGCGAACUCUCCCUUAUAUCAAAAACGUGUCUGAACUCGUGGAAAGGCGCCUAAAGAAGCACCAAAUUCUGGUGGCACACAGACCAACGACUACAUUACGUACUCAGAUAGUACACCCUAAGGAUAGGGUCGGCUAUUUGGAUAGGAAGGAAGUAGUCUAUAAGAUCCCGUGUGGGGCCUGUGAUGCAGUUUAUUGUGGUCAAACAGGAAAAUCCGCCUCUACACGCAUUCACAAACACAAACUUGCAGUAAAGAGGCGAGACCAUCUGUCUCAAGUAGCCAUGCAUACCCUGGAAACGGGGCAUACGUUUGCUUGGGACAGAACACGGAUUGUCGGCGCCUGCCCCUUCAAGAAAUGCCGAGAGUUCCUUGAGGCCAUGCACUCGGAUGAAUCGUGCAUCAACCGUCACAUCGAGUUGGACGCCGCGUACAAAAGUCUCAAGGAGAAAUGGAAGAGACGAGAGCCGAUCGGCACAGAAUGA